UCUUUACCCCACCUAGCUGUAACGUGACAAAGAAAACAAGAAGCUUCUUCUUUCAUUUUUGAUUUGGAGUAAAUUUUACAGUCAAAAGUCCAUAAUCAAGAUUAGACAAAAGUGAAGGCAACAAAUUCGCGAUUUCAUUUCGAGAUCUUCGUUCUUCAGGAAUUUUUUGUGGCUGUUGUUUUGGUUGUGGUGUCAAAAAGGUGCAAAUGGGUGAGAAUUUGGUGGUGCGCGUGGACCAGCUGGUGAAGCCGGAGAUGGUAGGGUCCAGCCAGUUGGCUUCACCAGCUGUGGUGGGGCCCUCAUCGUCAGUGGGGAAAGAGAAGGAAGUGAUGGAGGAGGAGAACAAUGAGGCUGCAGACGAGGAGGCACCGCUGUUAGCAAUGGCAGAGUGCCGAAUUUGCCAGGAAGAGGAUUCUCUAAGCAAUUUAGAGAGUCCUUGUGCUUGCAGUGGAAGUCUAAAGUAUGCUCACAGAAAAUGUGUCCAACAUUGGUGCAAUGAGAAGGGGGACAUUACUUGUGAGAUCUGUCAUCAGCCGUAUCAGUCUGGUUAUACUGCUCCUCCACGGCCUCAACCUGAUGAGACUACCAUAGAUAUUGGAGGAGUGUGGCAACUUUCUGGCACACCGCUGGAUGUGCAUGAUCCUCGGCUACUGUCAAUUGCUGAGGCUGAACGUCAGUUGUUUGAAGCAGACUAUGAUGAUUAUAAUGGAACAAACAACAGUGGUGCUGCCUUUUGCCGUUCAGCCAUUCUAAUUUUAAUGUCUCUUCUGCUCUUGCGGCAUGCAUUGUCUAUCACUGAUGCUGAUGGAAAUGGAGAUGGAGAUGGAGGUCCAGAUGAUGAUGCAUUUACUUUUUUCUCCCUGUUCUUACUUCGAGCUGUGGGCUUUCUCUUGCCCUGCUACAUCAUGAUAUGGGCCAUUAAUAUCUUGCAACGUCGGAGGCAAAGACAACAGGAGGCAGCACUGGCAGCAACGCAAUUUGCGAUUCUGGUACAAUCGGCACAAAGAAGAGGUCUUAUAGUUGCGUCAGCUGCACCCGCAGUCACUUCACAGGUUUCUCCGGUGCAGGAACAUGUUUAACAAAUAACAAUUUCCGCAAUGUCCUUGUACCAUUUUUGGGAGUUGUUUUCAUGCAGAUGUACUAGAGGAACGUUGAUGCUUCCAAUUAUAACAAUAUUGUUCUGUUUUCUUUGUUUAAAUCUCCUUGUGCUAAAUCUGUAUAUGUAUGUGAUGUCUCUCCACCAGCUAUCUUGGAGAAAUUAUUCAGUGUAUUAUACACCAUUCGACUCCAGGAGCUUUUGUCCACAACUUUAUCAACCUGUAUUUAUUUGAUGUACUUUGUUUGAUAUUUUACAAACUGUUGUUGCUUCA